CUUGAUCAGCAUCACUAGACGAGUCGAUCUGUUCGUCUGUCCGUUUCUACGCAAGCUAGUCUCUCAAUUUUAAGACUUUCGGAAUGAAACCUUCCCAAAAGUCUCAUUUCUAUUGCAGGAAGAAUAUAACUCGGAAUGAGCCUGAUCGGACAACUAUAUCCUAUGGCUCCUAUAGCUAUAGAAAUGAACAAAAAAUAUAAAAAAAAAGUGUAAUAAAAAAUACAACCUCGGCGUUUCUUGACAUAUUAACUUCUACUUUUGGGAAUAUCGUUCUUUUAAUAUUUCGGAAUUUUGAAUAAAAUUUUUAAAAAUCGGAAGGAGAAUAAUUAAUGUCCAAAAUAAUACUAAAACCGUCAUAUUUCGUUUUCGGAAACAUAUACGGUAUUAAAUUGAAAUGGAACAUUAUCUUAAUAUUUCUGCAAUUAGUUUUUAGUUUUCUAAAAAUCGGAAAGCUCUGUAAACUUAGUCGCUGUUUUUGAUAUCUUAAGUAUAGGUUUUCUCAAUAGAUAUUUUCCAACAAGCUUUUCCACUUAAACUAGCAUCACUGGUCAGCUGAUCUUUCAUCUUUGAGAUUAUCAGUUACACCAUUUUGUAAAGUUUAUAUUUCAAACUCAACAGCAACCAAGUAAAUGAAUUUAAGAAGAAGUAGAUACGAAUAUAAAAUCUACAAAGCUGUAAAGAUACCCUACUUAUAAAGUUCGUUUGUUACAAAUAUGAGCGGAUGUUCGCCAGUUUAUUACAAUGCGGAAACAGUCCGCCGAGUUCUCACCUGGCCGCUGGUCAAUGAAGCAGUGGAAUCGGCGCUUAAGGCCGUAGUUAAGUCCCAGGAUCUGGGGACCACCUCCUCCUCCUAUGUCAUCCAACCGAAGAGGAGUUUCACCGCCUGCGGCAAGGAACCUGGCAAGAUUCUGUUGACCAUGCCCGCCUUUGUGGGAGACUACAGCCUGGCAUCGAAGGGAUCCCCGGGGGAAGUGGGAGAUACCCGCUCCACACUGGCCUGCAAAGUGGUGACCUCGUUCAAGCCUAACUCCCAGCGGGAUCCACCGCUACCCUGCAUCCAUGCUCAUGUCCUGCUCUUUGACAACCAUACCGGUCAACUAUCGGCCAUAAUGGAGGGCACGGAUUUGACCACCUGGCGCACUGUUUCCGCCUCCCUGGUGGCCACCAAGUAUCUGUACUUCCGACGCUUUGGUUCGCAGGCCGAGACGGAGAGAAAGAUCAACGUGGCCAUCGUGGGCUGCGGCGUCCAAGGGCAACUCCAUGCCUCCGCUUUUUGUGCCAACUUCCGGGUGAUGCAGCUCAGUCUGUACAAUCGCACGGAGGCGAAAGCCCAGAAAUUGAAGGAGCAACUGCAGCGGGAACUGGGCACCGAAUGCGAAACACAGAUAAUAGUUUGCCGGAGUGCCAAAGAAGCUUGCCAGGAUGCCGAUGUCAUCUGCGUGGCCACCUACUCCAAGGAGCCGCUCGUCCAUCUUGAGCAUCUGAAAGGCAAACAAAGCGUUCACAUUAAUACUGUUGGUGCCGGCGAAGUCCACUUUUCUGAGUUGAGUCCCGAUAUCUACCACCAGGCUAAGAUCUAUGUGGAUUGCUAUGCCAAUGCCGAGGCUGAAUUGGUGGGUCUUCCAGGCACGAUCACCGCCGAACUGGGUGCCAUCAUCGUCAAUGGAAACUAUCCCGGAAAAUCGGACAUUUCCAUCUUCCAAUCAUUGGGCAUGGCUUCGGAGGACGCCUGUGUGGCCCAGGCGGUGCAGGAAGCCAUCCUCUCGAGCGCCGAGCAUUCCUGAUUGCCUUCCAUCUGGAAAACCAAGCCCGGGAUCAGCCCAACUCAAACCACCGGCUCGUUAACC